GUCGGUGAUAACCGUUACUGUGCUGGAUAUUUCUUUUGUAACGAACAGUAAAGAGGAGUUGCAGUAUUUUUAGGAAUAUAAUGAGUAGUUGUAAUGUUCAUCACAUUUGGCUUCGCGCGGAGACAAAACCAAAUGAGCAGCGGAGAGCUUUGACCCCCGAUAAAUGCCGGGAGUUAAUCGAAAAAGGUUUUCAAGUUUCUGUAGAAUAUUCUGACCAGUCUGCCUUCAAAAAUGAGGAAUAUCAGUGCAUACCAGGAAUCAAUAUGGUCCAAGCUGGAUCAUGGGUCAAUGCUCCGAGUGAUGCUAUAAUUUUGGGGCUCAAGGAGCUUCCCCAUUCACAUGAUCCAGUAUCUCAUAGACACAUUUACUUUGCUCAUGCUUAUAAGAAUCAGACAGGUUGGGCAACAUUACUCCAUCGUUUUAUUAAGGGUGGAGGCAGCAUUUUAGACAUUGAAUUCAUGACAGAUGAAAAUGGUAGAAGAGUUGUGGCGGAAUUUAGUGGAAUGGCAGGACUUGGUGGAAUGGGACUAGGAAUACUUGCUUGGUGCCAUCAACAGUUGAGUCCUGAUAAGCCAAUGGGUGAGGUGAAACCAUAUGGUAAUGAAGCUGCUUUCAUUGAUCACAUUACACUACAAAUCAAACAAGUUGCUGAAUUAAAAGGUGUCCAAAAAGUUUUCCCUCGAAUUAUGGUGAUUGGUGCCUUGGGUCGCUGUGGAAGAGGAGCAUUAGAGAUUGCCUAUAAACUGGGUAUUCCGAAGUCUUCUAUAGCAGAAUGGGACUUGGAAGAAACAAAGGCUGGAGGACCAUUUGAUGAGAUACUAAACAAUGAUAUACUUGUUAACUGUAUUCUUCUCACUGAGGAAAUUCCACCAUUUCUCACAAAGGAAAUGUUAGAGAGAGCAAAUAGGAACCUGAGUGUGGUGGUUGAUGUUAGUUGUGAUCCCAAUAAUCCAUACAAUCCUUUGCCUUUCUACAAUUCGAUAACGUCAUUUGAUAAGCCCUGUGGCAGAAUAAGGUUAAGAUGUGCUAAGCCACUUGAUGUGAUAGCUAUAGAUCACUUGCCUUCUGUUUUACCUCGUGAUAGUAGUCAGAGAUUUGCCAAUAAGAUGACUCCUUAUUUGCUGAAAUUAGGUGAUGAUCCUGUAUGGAACAGAACCAAGAAAAUGUUUGACCAAAAAGCUGCAGAAGCAAAAGCACUUAUCGAUUCUGGUGUGCUCCAUUAAAAUUUAAGGAAUCUUGACAAGAUAGAAAUGGAUUGAUCUGGAAGCAAAAUGGGAGUAAGGAGUGGUUAGUUAGAUCAUUUUAAAUAUUCAGAGGUUUUAAAUUUCCAAUUCUUAUUCAUAAAUUAUACAUUGCCUAAUAUGCCUUACAAAUGUGGGGAUUGUGAGAAUGAUUCUUAAGGCAGAAUUAUUAUCAAGUAACCUUUCUGACUUUCAUUUCUCUAAACUUCUACUAAAAUAUUAGAAAUUAUUUUACAAUUUUAAAAUCACCUGUCUUUUAAAUUUUAUUUUAAGCAGCCUAGGUGUACUAAUGUUAAGAGGUGACAUGAUUAACUUCCUGGUGCAUGCAAUUGUUUAGACUGACCAUGGUCUUGUAAUCUUUUCAUGUCAUAAAGCAUCUUUAUUCAUAACUGAUGGAGUGAAAUUUAAGAACUGCAGAGUAGUUUGUUUCCCAUUAUAUCAAAUUAAUUUAAUCAGUUAUGUGGCUGGACCAUGCAGCUGGGUUCAGGUGAAUUUUUAUCAUUUGAUUUGAGCAUAAGCUCUUAGCUGCUGAUAUCAACAGCCUAUUUGUACAUUAUUAAUAUCUUAUCUGAAAAAAAUUGUAUUUAUCACUGAUGGAGGACCUCUUUUCUAGUAAGGGAAUAUUUUUAUACUCAUGCAGUGUAUAUUGAAUUAUUAAGCUACUGCAGAAGCUUAUAUUGAGUCAGUCUUCUAUUUGAAUUUUACAGUAUCCUAAAUCACAAAGAAGUACUCAAACACUGAAAUUCUAUCAAAUUUGAAAUUUCAGGUAUACAUAAGUGCAUAAAUGGAGAUCUUAGUCAAAUUAUUAUUUUAUUUUUUUAACUUAAAUUGAAAAAUAAUGAAGGCUCAGAAAAAGGGGGUUUGAGGUUUUGUUCAUCUACAAAUGACAAACAAUAAUAACAAAAACAACAAAAAAAAGUGGUUUUGAAUGAAAUGUGAUUCUGUAUCUUUUUUUUUUUCACUUGUGCUGACACCUUCUCUUUUAUUUCAAGUUAAUUUCUCAGUUUUUACAUGUUCACACAUUCACUCUGAGUUCUGUUUAUGUCUAUAUGUCUUGGCAAUGCAAAAAUAAAAAGGUUAAAACUUUAAAAAUGUCCCAACUACCCUAAUUGCUUCCAGCAUAGGACAAGUGAUGGAUUGCAAAUACGUGAAAACGGGAAUCUAAACAUGUGACACUAAUAAGCCAAAGAGGGCUUGUAACAAAAAUGUAUGUUUGAUGUUUUCCUUAUACCUUACUGGCGGUUGUUUGAAACCAGUUUAUUUCACAGAAUAUUCCACUCUUUUGUCUCAGAGGUGAAUGUAUUUUUGUGUGUUGAGUAACAUAUGCACAAGCUGACAUUGGCAAUUGUUACAGAGGAAUUUUGUCUCCAAAAAAAAAUAGAUAAAAAAUAGAAAACUGAUAUCCAAUGGUUUUGUCACAAGGCUAUUUUGUUUAGGGUAUUGAGAAAAUCAAUUAAAUCUAACAGCAGUUGUCUUGAAUUCCAAGGUUUGUUAUUUAGCUUUUCAAACCAUUCUCUUAGUAAAUUGUCAGCCUCAUCAUUUCCAGUUAAAAGGUGACUUUCAAAAAUAGGUGAUGAGCUUAAUUCAUACCUAGGCUUGUGAGAAUCGGGGGUGAAAAAGAACUUGUCUCCCUGUUCAGAAUGAUAAAAUGGACUUAAAUUUGUAACAUUUUCUAUGUAAAGAGUUCCUGGAAAGCAGUGCAUAGAAAUGGCAGCAUCAUAACUUGAUUCAUCAUCAGAAAUCAUGCAUUCCUGUAGAAUAAAAAAGAUUUCUAAAACUCGAACUGGAACCAUGCUGUCUG